CGCAGCGCGUGCUGCUGUGUUUGUGUUUGUGCGUCGUUUGACUACACGCCGAAGACAUGGCAGCCAAGAUGGAGCUUGCGCCCCUCAGACCGUGGGAUGAUUUCUUCCCCGGGACGGACCGAUUUGCAAGACCGGAGUUCGGAGAUUUGACAAAAUGGAACAACAGGGUGAUCAGCAAUUUGCUGUACUACCAGACCAAUUAUUUCGCCGUGGUCGUGGUGGUUUUUCUCAUCGUAGGGUUCCUGAAUCCACUGGGCAUGUUUCUGGGAGGAGGUGUGGUGAGCCUGGUCUUCAUGGGUUCAGUGUGGGCCGGAGAGAAUAAGGCCAUCAUCAAGAAUUUCAAGAGGAAGAACCCCACAUUGUUCGUCAUUGGCGUCAUGGUCACAAGUUAUUUUGUGCUGUCGCUGUGUGGCGGCGUCUUGGUUUUCAUCUUUGGAAUCACUUUCCCUUUGCUGUUAAUCCUGAUCCAUGCCUCCCUGAGACUGCGCAACAUGAAGAACAGACUGGAGAAUAACAUCGAAGGCGUGGGGCUGAAGAAGACCCCCAUGGGUGUCAUCAUGGAUCUCCUGGAUCAACAGGAGGAGAAAGUGAACAAGAUUCAGGAUUUUAUUGAGAGUAAACUGAAGAAGUAAGGCUCCAGCCAAGAGUGGCCCACGAGGAGCUGGUGUCAUACAGUAUGGAUUAACAUUUUUGUAGCUUCGCCCCAUUCGUCACUCAUAUUCCCCUUAUGUAAAAUUAUUGCAUUCCCAUUUUUGCUUUGUGGUAUUAUAUGUUUGGAUUUGAUCUUGUACAGAUGGAUAAAACUAUUAUUGCACAGUCAUUUUGUAGAUUGGAAGUUGGGGAGGCAAUGCGCGCUAAAGGUUACCAAAGGUCUGAGCAUUCCCUACGUCCAAAAAAUAAGCCAUUUCCCCUGUGAACUAUGUUCUACACGAUGACUGCAUUUACUCCACUAAAAUAAAGUGAAACACCUGAACAGAAUAUCUGAUGCCAUUGUCAGUAGAUACCAAUUCCGUUUGAUUUAAAAAGUUAUACUAAAUGAAGUAACCUUUCAGUUUGCUACCUCAAAACAAGCAUGUUUAUGUUACAUACCCGACACCCACUUAAGUAUGAACCACUUAAUGAACUGCAAUAAAUUGUCACUAUAGGAGCUGUAUGAAUACUGAUCUGAGACCAGUCUGCUUCUACUGUAGACAUAACUAUAUGGCUUGAGUAAUAAUAAUACUGGAGUGUUAACAUUUCCAUUGUCUGUGCAUACACUUCCUGACCAUGCAGGCUGGCCUGAGUGUACCCCCCCUGAUCACAGCUAUGCAAUACUGAAAAAGUGACUGGCAAGUGCAGCUUUUGUUUGACUAUAAUGUCACGACAUGUGUUGUCAUUUGUGUUGUGUCAUCCUCGCGUUCAUUAAUACACAGGAUAAGAUGUUACAAUCCCUUGUGCCAAGAUCCCAGGCAAAACUAUCGUAUUAUAGCAUGCAGAAAUGUACAGAAUGGCUGCAGGAUACAAAGUGCUUGAAUUUGGUAUUGAGGCAAAAGUACUGAUGGAAUUCAGGGCUGUUCUCUCUUCAUUAGAAAUAACUGAAUGACAUAGACGCUCAUUACUGUUCCAUUAAAUCCCUCCUUGUAAAACUAAGUGUCAUCUGUAUUGUCAAAGGUUCAUUUUAUACUGCCAGUAUGUAUUCAUAUGUGUCUCCAUUUGCUUUCCACUCAUGCAUAUUGACUGCUGUUUGUGCAUGCUAAUAUUGCAUAUGACAAUUGAAGAGAGAUUGUUUUUGUUUUAUGGUUGCUAUAUAUUUUGUUUUUAUGUGACUUUUUCAUUCUUGGAAAGUGGUCGAAGAAAGACAUGGCUAUCCUAUAUUAAAAUAAAAAUAAAUCUAUUUAUUUUGCAGUC